UGAUAAUUUAUCUUAGUGACAUUGUGCAGAAUCUAUGGUUGAUAAGGAAAUGGAAGAGAUGGGUAAGCAAAUGAUCAACCAUUGUGGGGGAUUGCCUUUGGCAGUCAAAGUAUUAGGAGGUUUGUUAUCUACAAAAUACACACUGCAUGACUGGAAAAGAUUAUCUAAGAACAUUACAUCUCAUAUAGUGGGAAAAACCGAUUUCAAUGACAACAACGACAGUUCGGUUUACUAUGUAUUGUCUCUCAGCUUUGAAGAGCUUCCUAUAUAUUUGAAGCAUUGCUUCCUCUACCUAGCUCAUUUCCCAGAAGAUUAUCCGAUAAAUGUAGAGAAAUUGUCGUAUUAUUGGGCUGCAGAAGGAAUACCAAAACCAAGGUAUUAUGACGGAGCGACCAUUAGAGAUGUUGCAGAUGGCUACAUAGAGGAGUUGGUGACGAGAAACGUUGUUAUUGCGGAAAGAGACAUUAGGACUUUGAGAUUUGUAACGUUUCACUUGCAUGACAUGAUGAGAGAAGUUUGUUUGGCUAAAGCCAGAGAAGAGAACUUCUUACAACUUUCUGUCGAUAGCUCCCCGAUGGCGCACUCUCAAUCUCCCUGUAGAUCUCGCAGACUUGUCUUUCAUGGUCCUACUAAAUUACAUAUUACAAGAGAUAUAAAAAAUCCAAAACUUCGAUCUCUUUUAGUUAUGAGUGGUAUCAGGUUUCCCCAUUCCCCGGUUAUGCAGGAAACACGUUGUAUGCUAUCAAGUUUAAGCUUUACAAGGUUACAACUGCUGAGGCUGUUAGAUCUCUCUAAAUCCAAGUUUGAAGGAGGAAAGUUACCAUCAAGCAUUGGAAAUCUCAUCCACUUGAGAUACUUGAGCUUGGAAAACUCUAUGGUAUCUCAUCUACCUUAUUCUCUACGAAAUCUAAAGUUGCUGAUCUAUUUAAAUUUAGAUGUAAAAUGGGAUUCUGUAAUCUACAUGCCCGAUUUCUUCAUGGGGAUGCGAGAAUUGAGGUAUCUCUCAUUACCAUGGGCUCUUUCUAAGAAGACAAAGUUGGAUUUGAGUAAUCUUGUAAACUUGGAGACCUUGAAGAACUUCUUAACAAGGAAUUGUAGUUUUGGGGAUCUCCAUGGUAUGACCAACUUCAAGACUCUUGAAAUCUCUUUCUAUCAUGGGAUGAGUGUAGAAACUAUAUCCUCAUCAGUAGGUGGAUUGAGAAACCUGGAAAAUCUUACUAUCAUAGAUCACAGGGCAAAUAGAUUUGACGCGAAUAUUAUAAAGGGGUUUGUUUUAGAUUGCAUUCAUCUCAACAAGUUGGAUUUGAAGAUUUAUAUGCCAAAGCUACCUGAGGUACAACAUUUCCCUUCUCACCUCAAGACCAUAACUCUAACAGAGUGUUGUUUGGAGGAGGAUCCCAUGCCCAUUCUAGAGAAGUUGUUUCAGUUGAAAGAGGUUCAUUUAAAGUAUCAAUCGUUCUGUGGGAAGAGAAUGGUUUGCUCCGGCAAUGGAUUUCCUCAACUACAGUUUCUAUCGAUUUUUGAAUUAAAGGAAUGGGAAGAGUGGAUAGUAGAAGAAGGCUCCAUGCCCCUUCUUCACACUUUGACUAUUUGGAGUUGUGGAAAAUUAAAGGAACUUCCAGAUGGGAUGAGAUAUAUCACUUCCUUGAAAGAACUGUAUAUAGGAAUGAUGCAAACUGAAUGGAAGGAGAGACUGUCGGAAAGAGGAGCAGAUUUUUACAAAGUGCAACACAUUCCUUCUGUUUAUUUACAAAGGUACUAAGAUUGAGGCUCGCAACAUUACAAACUAGAUGUACCACUACCAGCCGAUGUCUUUCAUGGCGAAUCUUGGUCAUCUCCAUAUCUACAUAUAAUAAAAUAUUUGCAUUGUUGUCUUGAUGUGUUUUGUUGUAAAAUCAGACUUACGGUUUUUGUUAGAAUAUCAUAUGACAAACAACAAAAUUACUUUUCACUUUAUAACAACAUUGGUUUUUU